AUGAUCAUUUCCUGCCCUAACUGGCUUCGCGUGGUCCUCCUGGUCCUGGAGAUCACGGUGUUCUUACCCCAACUCUUGCGCAUCUGGGUUCAAAAGACGAGCACCGGCCUCUCCCUCAUCUACACAUUUUUGAAUCUCCUUAGUGCCACCGAACGGUUUACCGUCGGUUUCUCCGCAAUCGUCAACUGCACCAUCGCCGGCGCCGAUGCGCCAGCCUUUUUCGUCCAUGAUCCGAGAACAGUGGGAGAUUGGCUGAAUCUGUUGCAGCUAGGUGUCGAUUGGGUGCUGCUCUUGCUCUUCUUCAUUCUAUGUCUCACCUAUCCCCCUCCCCACUCCCCCUACGCCAGUCAGGUACGCAUCCUAGUCGCCGUCCUGUACACGGCGUUCACCCUGAUCUCCGUCGUCCCACUUUUCACCGACGCUCUCUUCCCCUCCAUUUUCCACGAACCGGGUGAACGUCAACUCAAUUUCGGCGUGGCCAUAUUUAUGGGGUUUCAUCUCUUUUUCCUCAAUACCAUAUUCAUACUUGUCAGCAUCUGCUCGAUUAUUCCUCAGGCCGUCCAAUUCCGCUCACUGCCGUCGAAUUCCAGUAUGCUGAGAGUGCGGGAUUGCGCUCUCCAAGGGGUAGUAUUGGCUAUGCUAGCUGUGUCAUGGGUGUUCCGAGUGAAACUCCCGGAUGGGGUCGAUGCCCUAACGCCGUUCCGAUCCAUUAUUUGGCCCGAUACCCCACCGUUAGUCCUGGAGCUAGUAGAUAGCAGCCCGACACUUUGGACGGAGGAUGAACCAACCCAAUCGUUCACAGUCGCUUUGCGCAGAGUCACAAACAAUCAAUGCUUCUGGCUGCGAUGGUCGCCUUUCAUAGAUCCCAGUAAGGAAGAAUUUGUUUUAUUGUCUCAUAAUCCAGAAAGCAGCAAAGUCGAGAGGAUCGGCAUUGAGAAAUACUCGAGAUAUUCACCAUCAUUACCAAGUAUUCGUCAAUUCCCCAAUGAACCGGCAUCGUUCUAUGUUGAAGAAGCCAAAAAGAAUUGGGAUCGCAGUACAAUAAAUGUGCGAGAGAGGGUACCUGAUGCCUGGAUCAAACUCCUAGAACCGGGGCGCACUUAUACCAUUCUCUGGACGGGCAAAGAGAUUCCAUACUGGGAUUGGGGUACGCCGCAGGACAAGGUGGGAACUGAACAAAAAUGGCCCCCUAUCUUGGUUCCGGGUGGUGCACACCGCACCUUUACUGUGCAAGAAGGGCGGCGCCCUCAUAUUCCCUCACCUCCGACGCCACCGCCAAUUGAUCCAAGCGAAAGAGUUCCCGGCGCACCAGUCCUGAGUCUUCAGCUUAGCUGCAGCCCAACAGGGCCUCAUUCUGAGCGUUUGAAUAUGUCUAUCAAGGUCACCUACCACGGUCCCUCAUCCGACCCCAUCACGUUCCACACCUGGGCGUUCGGCCCACUUAGAUCCUUCAGCGUCUAUCGCCGUGUCUUCCCAGAUCAGUCUAGUCCAGAGACUGAACCGAAAUGGAAGACAUGCAUAAUCCAUCAGUCACUACAUGUCUUUUGGGAUAAUCCUGACAGACAGCUCAACGUGGUAGAAAAUGAAGAAGGUCGGUUCGCAACGCUCUUCCCCGGGGAAUCCUGGUCCAAUUUCUGGUCUUUCGAUGCGGAUGGAGAUUGUGAGCCUGAAGACGCCCGACCUGGCCAGCAGCUUCGAUACCAAUUCACAGGGGAAACACUGGACUGGUGGGAUUGGGGUACGAUGGAGGAUCACGCGCAAACCGUUGUCACGCUGCCUGGAUCGGGUCUAGAACCCAUUAAGCUCCCGAAGGACAAUGAUAACCGACCGAAAGUGGUCAUACCAGCUUCUAAUAUUGUCGAGUGGACUGUUCCGCAGUGCUUUGAUCGUCAGUUUGAUUAG